AGAGAGAGAGAGAGAGAGAAAGAAGGAAAAAGGCAAGAAAGAUCCCAUCUUUGCCUCUGUUUUAUAAAGAGACCCGCACAGCCCCAACUCUCAUUCAGACAAACCUUACUCAUCUUCACACUACAACAUAAAAAGACAUUCUUUAAAACACACAAAGAAAUUGAAAGCCUAAUCUUCUUCUUCUCCUUCUUCUUCUUCUUCUUCUGUUCCAUCUACAAAACCCACAAUCAAGAGACAUGGAUUCUAUAAACUCUUUUAAAGGGUAUGGUAAGGUUGAUGAGCUUGAACAGCAAGCCUACCGGCGAAAGACCCGUAAGCGUCUCAUCAUCCUCAUUGUCUCCUCCAUUGUUCUUGUAGCUAUAAUCAUUGGUGCUGUUGUCGGAACUGUAAUACACAAAAGAAACGACGACUCAUCUCCUAACUCGGCCGUUCCAACUGAGUUGACUCCGGCUGCUUCACUCAAAGCUGUUUGUAGUGUAACUCAAUUCCCAUCUUCUUGUUUUUCUAGUAUUUCUUCCCUUGAAACAGCUAACACCAGUGACCCUGAAGUUCUUUUUAAGCUUUCUUUACAUGUUGUUAUUAAUGAGCUCUCGAAGAUUAAAGAUUACCCUUCCAAGCUUAUCCAAAAUAGCAAUCUUGAUGCCACUGUUAAAGCGGCUUUGAAUGUUUGUGAAUCUGUGUUUGAUGAUGCUUUUGAUAUGCUUAAUGAUUCAAUUUCUUCAAUGACUGUUGGUGAAGGGGAAACGAUCUUAUCACCAUCAAAGAUUAAUGACAUGAAAACUUGGCUUAGUACUACCAUUACUGACCAAGAAACAUGUUUAGAUGCAUUGCAAGAAUUGAAUGGUACGAAGCAUUUUGAUAGCAAGGUUCUUGAAGAUAUCAGAACAGCAAUGGAGAAUUCAACUGAGUUUGCAAGUAAUAGUUUAGCUAUUGUUGCAAAAAUCAUAGGUUUACUGACAGAUUUUAAUAUCCCUAUUCAUAGAAAAUUGUUAGGAUUUGAAAGAACCAGCUCAGGGUUCCCCAGCUGGGUUAGCAUAGGAGACAGGAGGCUGCUUCAGGAGGCAAAACCUGCGGCAAACGUGACAGUGGCGAAGGAUGGGAGUGGGGAUUACACCACCAUUGGAGAGGCAGUGGAUGCAAUUCCAAAGAAGAGCCCAUCAAGAUUCAUUAUUCAUGUGAAGGAAGGGACUUAUGUUGAAAAUAUACUCAUGGAUAAGCAUAAGUGGAAUGUGAUGAUAUAUGGGGAUGGCAAGGACAAGACUAUUAUUUCUGGUAGUACGAAUUUUGUGGAUGGCACUCCUACUUUCUCCACUGCUACUUUUGCUGUUGCGGGCAAGGGUUUUAUGGCAAGAGACAUAAAGUUCAUCAACACAGCAGGAGCAGCAAAGCACCAAGCAGUUGCCUUCAGGUCUGGCUCAGAUAUGUCUGUAUAUUUCCAAUGUUCAUUUGAUGCAUAUCAGGACACUCUCUAUGCUCACUCCAACCGACAAUUCUACCGCGACUGUGACAUUACGGGCACCAUUGACUUCAUUUUUGGCAAUGCUGCAGUUGUUUUCCAGAACUGCAACAUAAUGCCUAGGCAACCUCUACCAAACCAGUUCAACACCAUCACAGCUCAGGGCAAGAAAGACCCCAACCAGAACACUGGCAUUUCAAUUCAGAAAUGCAAGUUCUACGCUUUUGGUCCCAAUCUUACAGCCUCUACAUACCUCGGCAGGCCUUGGAAGAAUUUCUCCACUACUGUUAUUAUGCAAUCCAAUAUUGACUCAUUCCUCAACCCACUGGGGUGGAUGUCAUGGGUCAGCGGGAUCGAUCCGCCCAGCUCGAUAUUUUACGGGGAGUACCAGAACACUGGGCCUGGGUCUGCAAUAGAGAAAAGGAUCCAGUGGGUUGGUUAUAAGCCCAGUCUUACAGAAGUUGAGGCAGGGAAAUUUUCUGUAGGAUCAUUUAUACAAGGGACUGAUUGGCUGCCAGCAACUUCUGUGACAUUUGAUUCAAGUCUAUGAUCUGAAUCUGUCUAGAAGAUAAUGGUUAUUUUACAGUCUUUUUCUCCUAGUUCAUAGACAUUACAAGAUAAAUUUGUCUUUAGUGUUCACACAAUUAAUUUUCUUUUUCUUUUUUCCCUUUACUAAGUGUUUACACUAAUUAUUUUAUGUUUUCUUUUUCUUUC